GAUUCAUCAUCCUCUUUUGCUUCAAUCUCCAUUGUUGAUCCAGCUUCUAGUAUUGUUGGAGAAAGCAGCUUGACAGUUUCUUUCACUGAAAGACCUAGCACAACAUCCACUUUUAAGGAAGUUGUUAAUUCGUCAAGCACUAGUGUUGUUUUAACAACAUCAAUUGAUGAUGCUUCAACUAUUAGUACAGUGACUGAUACAUAUAAAUCAAGUUCAAGUCAAAGUUCAAAUUUGGAAAGCAUGAGUGUUUCUCAUUCCUCAAAACUGUUAGAUUCAACAAGUGAUCAUACCACAAGUUUUAGAUCUUCUGGAAAAUCAACUGUUUUGCAUCCAUCAAACUUGGUAUCAUCAUUUAUCUCAACAUUGGAAGGCACUUCAUCGACUAAGACACCAUCUGAGACAGCUUUGACCCGUUCUGAUCUUUCUUUAACUGAACAUUCAACAGUUUCUAGCGUGAAGGAUGAUAUUACAAGCUCAACAACAAUUGACAGUGAUACCUCUAGUGAAGAGCAACAGCAGACUAGUUUGGUUUCAAACACUGAUUCCAAGACAGCUCCUACUGAUACAUCAAGUUUACCAGCUGGUUCCACGUUAUCAUCAUCAACUGAUCCUACUUCAAAUUCAUUCUCCACGGCUAAUACGGUGACAACAAAUCCAGAAAAUACUGUUCAAACAACUUCAAUUGAUUUCAAUGGUACUACUGACACAUCAGAGGAUGAUACACCAUCAAUUGGUGAACCAACCUUGGUAUCAACAGUGCAAACAACAACAACAUUUGGUUCGGUCACAAAUAUUAUACCAAACAGAUCUGACGUUGUUUCAUCAGGUGAAGCUCAAAUUAAUACGUUACCAACAGGUUCAGUCAUUUCAUCCGAGCUGAAUGGUUCAACAGGCAUACCAUCAACAGCAAGCGGUUCAGAGCAGGAUGGUUCUAGCACUUCGGAAAGUCAAACCGAUUUAACAACGAUGAUAUCAACGUCCUCAUCGCCAAAUUUAGGUAACAAUGAUUCUGUCACAAGUUCAACAGACUUGCUAUCACCGACUCCAACACAUACCAAUGAAAGUGAAAAAUCGGAGUCCACAACAGUAUCAGAAUCCACGGUAAGCAGUUUACCUCCAGCUGAACGAAGCAGUUCAAACCUAGAUGAUUGGACAAGCACAGAUACCAACCCAAUAAUGUCAGUGGCUGUAGCUUCAACAAAAACUAAUCCAGUGGAUGAAUCAACCUCUCAAGACUUCAACUCCAGCACAAAUACCCCAACAAUAACUAAUAUCCAAUCUUCCAGUACUGGUACUAUUAGAGAUUCACAAAGUUCAAGUGAACACAACUGGAUGAGUACUAUUGUGAUGGAUGGUUCAACAACAGCUAUUUAUGGUUCUGGAUCCUCAACAACAGCUGUUAUUUCCUAUUCUGAAGGUGAAGGUGUUACAUUGUCCAUUAACUUAAAAAUGACAAUCUUUUCUAUUAUUUUAUUCUUUUUAUGAUUCUUUCAUGAUGUGUGCUUUUUAACACGUUUUGUUCAUUUGACCAUUCUUUUUCUCUUAUCGUGUCAAGAAUGAAUUCUUUCAUUCGGCCUUUCUAUUCCAUUGGUUCCAACGAAUCAUA